AUGGCUUCUAAUGUUCUUACGAGCAAAAAAUAUCUUGUACUGAAAACACACGAUGCAAGCCUUAUAGACAUAUUUCAUAUUCUAUUUACCAAAGACAUAGAGAGCAAAGAUUUUGUGGAAACACUCGAAGUGAAACAAGAAAUUCUCAAGGAAAGGGGAGUUAUUUUUCUCUCUAUGUUGUCACAGAAGAUUCUUCAAUACAAUAAAAAGACAUUGUAUUUGUUCGGUUCAACGUUUGAGAUGUGGCUGAACCUUUUGGGAAAUAAAAAUAACUUUAGAAUGUUCUUAUCUGCUCUUUUGCGAGGGAAGAUGGAGUUACCAAACCAGCAAUCCUUCAAUUUUUUAUCCACUAUUGGGUUUCUAGACAACAGGGUGGAGUUGGACAAGAAAAUUAAACCUGGGGACAGUAAGUAUUUUGCAGCUCUUACAGCCAUGGCCUCGAAAAUAGCCUACGAGAACGAAGAAUUCAUCCAAGUUGUGGUUAAAAAAAUAUGGAAGAUGGAUUUUCUGGGAUUUUAUGAUUGUUGGGAUGAGAGACAUCAGGCAAAUACUACACAAGGCUUCAUGUUCCAUGAUAAAAACACUAAUCCUGAGACGAUAAUUGUGGCUUUUCGAGGUACUGAUCCCUUUAAUGCAGAUGACUGGACUACGGACAUCGACAUAUCAUGGUACAAAUUUGAUGCCAUUAACGGCAGAGUCCACGGUGGUUUUAUGAAAGCUCUAGGCCUAAAGUUAGACGGAAGUUGGCCCCGGGAUGACGGGGCUUAUAAUGCCAUAACCAAAGACCUGAAAAAUCAUUUAGAGAAUAACAUUCGGACAAGAUUCAUUAUCACUGGUCACAGCUUAGGUGGAGCGCUUGCGAUUCUGUUUCCAGCCGUUUUAGAAUUGCACAAGGAGGCCGGUGUACUAAAACGACUAGAAGGUGUAUAUACAUUUGGACAGCCUAAGGUUGGAGACAAAAAAUUUGGAAAGUUUAUGGAUAAGCUGUUGCAAUACUAUGGAGUUAAGUACUAUAGGUUUGUUUAUAGUCACGACAUUGUGCCUCAGAUGCCUUAUGAUGAUUCCGUGCUAAUGUUUAAGCACUUCGGUACAUGUAUCUAUAUCAAUUGCAUCUAUGAAAGAAAGAAUGUUGAAGAAGAAUCAUAUAAGAACUACAUUGACGUUGUUACGAGGAGGAUCGAUGCCUUUUGGGAGCUAGUAAGAAGUUUUAUUCUUCCUCGUAUAUUUGGAUCAGAGUAUAAGGAACGUUUACUACUCCAAAUGUUUCGACUGGUGGGAUUCAUAAUUCCUGGUUUUCCUGCUCAUGGUCCACAAGAAUACAUUAAUGCAACUCGAUUGGCGAACUACUCGUUGUGA